AUGACGAUCGCCACCGUUAUCUUGUCGGCGGCUGAGCAGCUGCAGCACACCAAAUGGCAGUCCCUGGUUCUCACACUCGUUGCGGGACCCUUGCUGUACGUCCUGGUCAACGAAUUUGUGCGCUACAAUGCCAGGAUACAUGGUAUGAAGGGCCCGUCAGGCCUGCCGCUGAUCGGCAAUCUCUGGGACAUCCGUGUGAAUGCCGCUGAGAAGUAUCGAGAGUGGGCGCGCCGGUUUGGCGACGUCUACCAGAUACAGCUGGGAAAUAUCCCUGUUGUGGUGAUCAAUUCGGCGUCCGCGGCGAGGACCAUCUUUGGACAGAAUGCGCAGGCCAUGAGCUCGCGACCAGAGUUUUAUACCUUCCACAAGGUUCUGAGUGAUACGGCCGGGACUACAAUCGGGACUUCGCCGUACAGCGACUCACUCAAGCGUCGCCGGAAAGGUGCCGCCUCCGCUCUGAACAAACCGUCCGUACAGACGUACAUUUCUCAUCUCGACAUCGAAACUCGGGACUUCAUCCGCGAGCUCUACACGUACGGCCAGGCCGGGAAGAAGGCUGUCGACCCCAUGCCGAUGAUCCAGCGCUUGUCGCUGUCCCUUGCCCUUACGCUAAAUUGGGGCGUGCGACUCAAAAGCCAGAGCGACAACCUGUUUGACGAGAUUACCCACGUUGAGGAAGAGAUCAGCCGCUUCCGCUCUACGACGGGCAACUUGCAAGACUACAUUCCCCUGAUGCGGCUGAACCCCUUCAACAUGCACUCGACAAAGGCGAGGGAGAUGCGGAAUCGCAGAGACAAGUACUUGACGGAUCUCAACAACGGGCUCGACGACAGGAUUGCGCGCGGAACGCACAAGCCGUGCAUCCAAGCCAAUGUCAUCAUGGACGAGGAAGCCAAGCUCAACAAGGCGGAGCUGACGUCCAUCAGCCUCACCAUGCUCUCUGGUGGCCUCGAUACCGUCACGACACAGGUGGCUUGGUUCGUCGCCUAUCUUUCGCAGCACCCUGAAGUGCAGGACAAGGCUGUCAAGGAAAUCCGCAAGACGUUUGGCGAUGACAGGCCGAUGUGUGAUGAGGGCGACGAUCAGACGUGCCAGUACAUUGUCGCGCUGGUCAAGGAGUCGCUGCGAUACUUUACGGUUCUACGACUGGCGCUUCCGCGAGCCAGCAUCAAGGAUGUCGUCUAUGGCGGGACAGUCAUACCCAAGGGGUCAAUUGUUUUCUUGAAUGCAUGGGCCUGUAAUCGCGAUGCCGCCGUCUGGUCUGACCCUGACGUUUUCCGCCCCGAGCGAUGGCUUGAGCAGCCAGAUGCGCCACUUUUCACGUACGGCGUCGGCUACCGAAUGUGUGCUGGCUCGCUGCUUGCCAACCGCGAGCUGUACCUGCUGUACAUGCGAUUAUUAAAUAGCUUCCACAUCGAGAAGCAGGACGCUGUGGAUUGCCACCCAGUUCGUGGCAAUGCUGAUCCCACGAGCCUGGUGGCGAUGCCGCACCGCUAUAAGGCGCUGUUUGUGCCACGAAACGACGCAGCGCUAAGCAAGGCCAUGAAGGAGACCGAACUCAUGGCCAGGGAAGAGUAG